UAUGGCGGCUGUCGCUGCAACAGCCGAUAUGACGAUUCAAAAGAAUUCUCAGAUUCUAGUGAAUGUGGAAGAAGCACUCGAAGAUUUAAUUGUUGUGUCAUAUAGUAGUGAAGAUAAAAAAUUUCAAGGUGUACUCCUUGACUCUAACAAGAGUAAUUUACCAUUUGGUGUAUAUAGUCUUCAUCCAACUUUUACAAAGCAAGUCGAAAAUGUUGAGAACAAAGACGACAAACUACAUUCCGUUAGUCAAAGAUUUACUUAUCAGGAGCCUCAGUACGCAACUGAAGAUGUGCAAAAAUCUAAAAAACCAAACUCGAAGUCGAAAUCUCAGCCUCGACAAAAGAUGACAGUUCGUUUAAGACCUCGAAAAGUAUUAUGUUCAAAUUGCCAAGGGAUUUGCAAUGAAAAUAGUGAAAAUGUAGACGUGUCCAAGAAACGGAAAUUAGAUUCGGAUGACGAUUCGCCGAAGGAUGUUUCUGAGUCAUCGAAAUUAGAAAAAAAAUAUCUGAUGGGUAGCAUGCUAAUACCCAAACUCUCUAGGUUGCAACCGAGUGAAAUAACAAGUGCUAUAAAAACAAAGAAUAUUUCGAAAACUGGUGAGAAAGUUAGACAGGUAAAAAGUGUGAAAUGUGAUGAAAGUGACCAAACAACAAGGGAGUUGGCUUUCGUUAGUGUUUCUGAUAACAGUGAUAUGUGUGAUAAAGAAGACGGCAAAGAUAGUGAUAAUUCAUUUAGUAACUUAUUUUCUAAUGCCAGAACACUUAAAAUUAGUUUCGGUGAAGGUGAGGGCACUGUGGUAAAAAUACCACCAUUAGGUGGUGAUUUUAAUGAAGAUUCUGGUGUAUCCUGUGAUAUGUCUAAGCCAUCUAAACCAGAUUCAAAGGCUGUAAAAAAAGCACUUAAAAAAGCUAAAAAACAAGCCAAGAAAAAUUGUGAUUCUGUAAAUGCAGUUGAUCUUUGGAUUGAACAAUCUCCAAAACACAUUGGGGCAUUGUCACCACGCAACAAUGUUUCAAACAGUCCAUCCUCAGACCCAUUAGAAAAGAAACACAAACACAAAGUUAAACACAAAAAAAAACAUAAAGUUCAGAAAAAACGUGAUGAAAAUUCAAGCAAAUGUGAUAAUGAUUCUAUAGACUACUUCAGUAACAUUAAGGAUUGUCUGAAUCAGAAGUUGUCUAUCAGUUUACGUAGAUUAAGUAGCAAUUCUUAUGAACGUAGAGAGGAAGAGAUGUCAGAUGAUGGGGAAAGUGAAACGGUGCCAAACUUUCCCGCAAACAGCACAGAGGGUGUUGGUGGACAAUUGUUACGUGUUUCUCCUGGGGAUAUUGUCUGGGGUAAAGUUGUUGGGUUUCCAUGGUGGCCAGGGAGGGUAUUGAGUGUUACCCCUACAGCUCGAGCUCAUGUAGCUUGGUAUGCUUCAACAACAUCAUCACUAAUGCCAUGUGAUAGCCUAAGUCCAUUCCUAGAAGAUUAUAAGUUAAGAUUCAACAAAAAGAAGAGGGGCCCGUAUAAGGAGGCUGUAAAGCAAGCAACUAUCGAAGCGAGGCAAAUUGAAUCUCAUAUUGAUCCAUUAGCAAGUCCGAGUCAGGCUAACCUUGCCACCGUUUCUCCGCGACCUAUUGAUGUGUUCUCAUAAUUGUGAUUAAGGUAUUCAGCCGAAUUAAAAAAAAAAUGUGAUAUUUCUGUCUGCACAAACUCAUUGACCAUUAGUUGUAAGUUAAAUGUUAAUUGAUGGUAUUUAGUGUGAAAAUUUAAAAUAAGUGAUGCAAGUUUGACGUCAUUGAAUAUUAGUACUAGGCAUGCGUCCGAUAUAUCAAAACGAAUUCAAAAUCCGUUUUUAAAAAUCGACCUAGCCGAACCAAACGCCAACGAUCUAUAGAUCGAUACCACUAAAAGAUUUCGAAUCGACAAAUAAAAUCACUGGAUAUCACCAAACGAAUUGUAUGGUAUCCAAACGAAAACUGAUUGUUGCGUACUAUGAAAUUCACUUUCUCUCUUUCUAACCAAUUGGAAUAAAGCGGAAUAAAAAGGAUAGCGCGAAUUUUGCGAUUCAGAUUUCGAUUUGUUGGUUCUGCUACGGAAAUCUAUUACACAAUCAUCGACCUCACUAUUAAGUUUUUAAAGACUAUAUUUGCCCGAGUGCAAGCAAUUUGGUUUGAGGUUAGGCGUUACCGAAAUCGGAGAUCUAAAAUCGGAUUUUGAAAUCGAUUUGUAAAUUUGAAAUCGGAUAAAUAUCAGAUUGCGUUAAAAACCAAAAACGCCCAUGUCUAAUUAAUAAAGAUUGAAACACAAUUUUUAAACUAAUUUGACAUGUCAAAACUCAUUAUUUUUUUUAAUCAAAUUUCAAUUAUACAAGAUAAAGAGAGUAUAUUUUUAUUUGUGUCAAAUUAGUUACAAUUAAAUCAUCUCUAUUGUUUAUUUUAAUUAAGUUGGCGAUCAUUUUUUUAUACA